ACAAACUCAGACAGCACAGCUACAGAAAUAUUGCAGUCGAAUCCUUCGGGCGAUUGAUGCCCUCCGGCGGUCCUUCCUGUGGACCGGUGCGGACAAAGCAUCGGGGGCGCAAUGCCUUGUCGCUUGGGAUCGUGUCACUCGGACAAAGGAGGAGGGGGGUUUGGGGAUGCGCGCCCUCUCAAUCUAGAACCGCUGCCUCCUGCUGAAGCUCCUUCAUCGGCUGCACUCUCGUCAGGACUCCCCGUAGGCGCGUUGGGUCUGGGGCGAAUUGGGUCGCUCUCUCCUAACCCCAGCUUCGGCCAUGUCGCGACCCGGACCACAUUGGUCGUCCCUCGCCAAACUUAUGCCUUCGUACCGGGCGCUCACCGCUGUCUCCGUCGGGAACGGGCGUACGACGGCGUUCUGGCUCGACUCCUGGCUCCCCGGUGGCGCCCUCUCCAUCCAGAUGAGCUCUCUCUUCUCCCACGUCACCUCGCCGGACGUCUCGGUUGCCCACGUCGCCCAACAUGGGCUCGACGGGGGGCUCGUACCGCGGCUAAACCGCGCUGGAGCGCGCGAGCGAGGACUUCUCCUCCCCAUCGUCCAGUCGCUGGUCCUGUCCGAGGAGGCCGACGCUCGUGCUCUCCGCCCGGGCUGUGCCAAAGGGACCGACCUCUCCUCUGUCGGGGUUUACCAGCUAUGCCACUUUGGUGGUGUGGGAGCGCCUUUCGCCAACUUCAUCUGGACGAGCUACGCUCCAAGCAGGGUUCGUUUCUUUGCCUGGCUCCUGGUGCAGGCUCGGAUUCAUACGAGAGACGUGCUUCUGCGUAAGCACAUUGUUGAGGUGGCCGAGGCUGGCUGCCCCAUCUGCUCGGCUCCGCUUAAGACGGCCGACCACCUCAUCUUCACUUGCCCCUUUGCCCAGCAGUUCCGGGCCUCUGUCGGGGCGACCCCGACAGUCUCCACAGUCAAGCUGCUGCACCUUAUGUCUCCUCCGGGAUUGGUCCCUCCUCGGACGGGGCCAGCUUUCCUGCUCCUUUGCUGCUGGCAACUUUGGAAACACCGCAACGCGGUGGUCUUCCAGAACAUGCCACCCUCACUCCCCCGGCUACUGCAGCUUUGCAGAGAGGAUGCCGUGCCGCAUCCGCCUCCCUACUACCCUCAAGGACGCUGCCGAUGUGUGGAUUCGGUGCCUAGCCGCCUAGUGUUGCACCCUCCGCCCCUCUUGCCUCCUUCCCUGCUUGUAAAAAAAAAAUUAUAUAUGUAAUGCUAUCUUGUAUACUCGGGCGGUCCGGCCCAGA